CAGAAACUAACUGGACUGAUAGAGUCCCUAAUAUUUUCUCACCAGCCCACUUGGGAUGACUGUCAGCAGCUUUUACAGGUUCUCUUCACCACGGAAGAAAGAGAAAGGAUCCUCCUGGAAGCACAAAAGAACGUGCCUGGAGCUGACGGACGACCAUCACAACUCCCUCAUGAUAUAGAAAGGGGGUUCCCACUGACCAGACCCAACUGGAACUUUAAUUCUCCAGAAGGUAGGGAGCGACUAACCAUCUAUCGCCAGGCUCUGGUGGCGGGUCUUCGCGGGGCCGCGAGGCGCCCCACCAAUUUGGCCAAGGUAAGAGAGGUCAGUCAGGGAGCCACUGAGGCGCCUGCAGUGUUCUUAGAACGCCUGAUGGAAGCCUUCAGGCGGUAUACUCCCUUUGACCCCACUUCCGAGGAACACAGUGCCUCAGUGGCUCUUGCUUUUAUUGGGCAAUCAGCACCCGAUAUUAGAAAGAAGCUUCAGAGAUUGGAAGGCUUACAAGAUUUGUCGCUGAGAGAUUUAGUGAAAGAAGCUGAGAAAGUUUAUCAUAAGAGAGAGACUGAGGAAGAAAAGGAAUUGAGGAAGGAGAAGGAAAGAGAAAGUAAAGAGGAAAAAAGGGAUAGGAAACAUGAGAAAAAUUUAACAAGGAUCUUGGCCGCAGUGGUAGAAGGCAAGGGACGCCCGCCCUCUAGCGGCAGAACUAGUAAGGCAGGGCACCUGGGCAACCGGCCUCCUUUGGAUAAAGAUCAAUGUGCAUAUUGCAAGGAAAAAGGGCACUGGGUAAAAGAAUGCCCUAAAAAGCCACUUAAAAAGCCUCCGAAGAAGGCGUUGUCCCUGCUGGAAGACGAGGAUUAGGGAAGACGGGGCUCAGAGCCCCUCCCCGAGCCCAGGGUAACUCUGAAAGUGGAGGGGCAACCCGUUGAAUUCCUGGUAGACACCGGUGCUCAACAUUCUGUAUUGACUCAGGCAAAGGGCCCCCUCUCUGAUAAAAAAUCUUGGGUGAUUGGGGCUACGGGCCAGAAACAAUAUGUGUGGACUACCCGGAGAACAGUGGAUUUAGGAGUAGGACGAGUAAACCACUCGUUCCUUGUUAUACCGGAAUGCCCCACACCCCUGUUAGGAAGAGACAUUUUAACCAAAGUGGGGGCCCAAAUAUCCUUUCAAGCCGGGGAACCUCUGGUGACCAAUCAAGAGAAUAAACUUUUGAGCUUAAGCGUCCUGACUAUAAGAUUAGAAGAUGAAUACCGUCUUUUUAAGGAGCCUGAGCCAUCCAAAAUAAGUCAGGAGUGGUUUGGCCGGUUCCCAGGAGCCUGGGCGGAAACGGCCGGCAUGGGGCUCGCCAAGAACCAGCCCCCUGUAGUCAUAGAACUAAAAGCUUCAGCCUUACCAGUAACUGUGAGACAAUAUCCAAUGAGUAAAGAAGCCAGGGAUGGAAUUAGGCCACAUAUCCAGAAGCUUAUGGAACAGGGGAUAUUAGUAAGAUGUCAAUCCCCAUGGAACACCCCCUUGCUGCCUGUAAAAAAGGCAGGAACGGGAGACUACCGACCAGUACAAGAUUUAAGAGAAGUUAACAAAAGGACACAGGACAUUCACCCCACCGUGCCAAAUCCUUAUAACCUACUAAGCUCCCUGGCCCCGGAAAACACCUGGUAUUCAGUUUUAGAUUUAAAAGAUGCUUUCUUUUGUCUGCGCUUGCACCAGAGCAGCCAACCGCUGUUUGCUUUUGAAUGGAAAGAUCCCUCCACAGGAACUACUAGACAAUUGACCUGGACUCGUUUGCCACAAGGAUUUACGAACUCGCCCACCCUCUUCGAUGAGGCUCUACAUCAAGAUUUGGCUUUCUACCGAGCUUCUAACCCACAGGUAACUUUGUUACAGUAUGUUGAUGACUUAUUGAUAGCCACCCCUACUCAGAGAACCUGCCAAAAGGCCACUGGAGCCCUUUUGGCUGAGCUUGCCAAAUUGGGGUACAGGGUAUCUGCUAAGAAGGCACAGAUCUGCCAGCAACAAGUGACUUAUUUGGGAUACUCCCUGAGAAAUGGGAAAAGGUGGCUUACUGAAGCCCAAAAGCAGACUGUGAUGCAGAUUCCGGUUCCCACUACUGCACGCCAGGUUCGCGAGUUUCUGGGGACAGCAGGGUUUUGUAGACUAUGGAUACCCGGAUAUGCUUCUUUGGCAGCCCCUCUGUAUCCCCUCACUAAAGGAGCAGCCCCGUUUGUUUGGGGAUCUGAACAACAACAGGCCUUUGAUGAUAUCAAAAAGGCCCUCCUCUCGGCACCCGCUCUGGCAUUGCCAGACAUAACUAAGCCAUUUAUCCUUUUUGUGGAUGAACGGAACGGAGUCGCUCGAGGAGUAUUGACCCAACAAUGGGGACCUUGGAAGAGACCUGUCGCCUAUUUGCCUAAAAAAUUAGACCCCGUGAGUAGUGGAUGGCCCACUUGUUUGAGAGUAGUGGCAGCUGUGGCCCUCUUAGUUAAAGAUUCUGACAAGCUAACGCUGGGACAAAAACUCACUGUGGUUGCUCCUCAUGCACUGGAAAGCGUAAUUCGAGAACCACCCGAAAGAUGGAUGUCGAAUGCUAGAAUGACUCACUAUCAAACCUUACUCCUGAAUCGUGAUUGUGUGGAAUUUGCCCCGCCUGCCAUCCUAAACCCGGCUACUCUGCUCCCCGAUGUGGGAAAAGAAGUGCUUCAUACCUGCCAGGAAAUCCUGGCUGAGGAGACGGGGACCCGUCGGGACUUACGAGAUCAGCCCUUAGAAGGACCGGGACUCCUGACCUGGUACACAGAAGGGAGCAGUUACAUCAUGGGAGGUAAGAGGAUGGCAGGAGCUGCAGUAGUAGAUGAUGACCGAAUUGUGUGGGCCAGCGGACUCCCAACGGGCACUUCUGCACAGCGGGCAGAGCUCGUUGCCCUGACCCAGGCUUUAAAGAUGGCAGAAGGUAAGAAACUUAACGUCUAUACUGACAGCCGUUACGCUUUUGCCACUGCUCAUAUACACGGGGCUAUAUAUAGACAGAGAGGGCUGCUGACUUCUGCUGGGAAAGAUGUUAAGAAUAAACAAGAAAUCUUAGAUCUGUUAGAAGCCAUCCAUAGACCUAGAGAAGUAGCAAUAAUACAUUGUCCUGGGCAUCAAAAAAGUGACUCUCCAAUAGCUCAAGGAAACAGAAGGGCGGACCAAGCUGCAAAACAAGCAGCCCAGGGAACGAACAUCUUACCCCUCCAGGUGUACCCAGAAGCCACAUGUAGUAAGAACUUUCAGUAUAUCCCCGAGGAUCUUGCUCAGAUGGACAAGUUGGGGAUCCAAAAAUCCCCACCCCUUGGAAUGUAUAAGUCAGAAGAUGGGAAAAUUAUCCUGCCCCAGAAAAAGGCAGGAGAAUACUUAAGGCAAUUACAUCAGUUGACACAUUUGGGGGCCAAUAACCUAAAAACCCUGGUUCGAGAUUCCCCUUAUCAUGUCAUUGGUUUGGGAAAAUUGGCAGACGAGGUUGUAAGAAAUUGUGUUCCUUGCCAAUUAGUAAAUGUGAACAAACAUCAAGUAAUAUGCGGAAAGAGACUUCGAGGGGAUUGGCCAGGAGCCUACUGGGAAGUUGACUUCACUGAAAUUAAGCCUGCUAAGUUUGGAUAUAAAUACCUCAUAGUUUUCCUAGACACCUUUUCAGGAUGGGCAGAGGCGUUCCCCACCAAAACUGAGACAGCUCAGAUGGUGUCCAAGAAGAUCCUUGAAGGCCCACAAAACUCUCAAUCACCCCCUAGUGAGCGGUUGGUGGCCUGCCUGUUUGGAUGCAGUACACCCGACGCUCAAAAUAAGACAAAAGCUACUACUUUCUAUGUCUGCCCCCGUGACGGACGAACCCAUCAACUAGUCCGACAGUGUGGGGGCUUGGAAUCUUUUUAUUGUAGCUCUUGGGGUUGUGAGACUACGGGUAACGUUUAUUGGAAUCCUGUGUCGGACUGGGACCUCCUUAAAGUAACCCAGAACCGCACAUCCCCCAACUGUGAAUGGACAGGACUGUGCCUCCCCUUAAAUAUCACGUUUAGUGAUAAGAGACGCCAGUAUGAUGAGUGGAUCACUGGACGACAGUGGGGACUUAGAUACUAUAGAUCUGGAGAUGACAAAGGCCUCAUAUUUACUGUCCGACUUAAAGUUGAGACACUUCCAGCUGCCCCAAUAGGACCUAAUUCUGUCCUAAGAAAUCAACCGCGUCUCCCAGCCUCGAUCCUGAAACAGACUCCGGUGCCUCCAGUAGACCCUACCACUAUUUCUGCUGCCCUCACCCCUGACCAAAUAGCCCCCUUUCCUGACACUGGACAACGCCUCUUCAAUCUUCUUGAGGGGGCUUUCCAAGUUCUAAACACCACCAGCCCUAAUACUACUAAAUCCUGUUGGUUGUGUUUCUCCUCUGGACCUCCUUACUAUGAAGGAUUGGGGCUGUUGAGAAAUUUUAACAGAACGACUAGCCACGAGAUCUGUAGCUGGGGAAGCCAUAAGAAGCUGACCCUGACCGAGGUGACUGGGAGGGGGAAAUGUUUAGGUUCAGUUCCCCCCACUUAUGAAGCUUUGUGUAAUGAAACCAUAUCCGUAAAUUCCUCAGGUGAAAAUGAGUGUCUAGUCCCUCCUCCCGAAGGGUGGUGGGCCUGUAAUACUGGAUUGACCCCAUGUGUCUCUACUUCCGUCUUCAAUUCUUCCCGCGACUUCUGUAUCAUGUUUCAAUUAGUACCUAGAUUGAUAUAUCAUGAUGAUUUCUCAUUCGUAGCUGAAUUUGAACCAAAACACAGGUAUAGAAGGGAGCCAAUCUCGCUGACCUUAGCUGUAUUAUUAGGAAUAGGAGUUGCAGCUGGAGUAGGAACAGGGACAGCCGCCAUUAUCCAAGGGAACCAACAUUAUGCGGGAUUGAGGACAGCAAUUGAUGAAGACCUAAAGACUAUAGAACAAUCCAUUACCAAACUUGAAGAAUCUCUAACCUCCCUGUCUGAAGUAGUCUUGCAGAACAGACGAGGAUUAGAUCUGUUGUUUUUAAAAGAAGGAGGAUUGUGUGCAGCCUUAAAGGAAGAAUGCUGCUUUUACGCAGACCAUUCUGGAAUAGUAAGAGAUUCAAUGUCAAAACUUAGGGAAAGGUUAGAUCAAAGAAAGAGAGAACGGGAGGCUGGACAAGGGCUAUUUGAGUCCUGGUUUACUAGAUCUCCAUGGCUUACAACCUUGAUAUCCACCUUGACUGGGCCUUUACUUAUUCUUAUACUACUCCUCACUUUGGGACCCUGUAUACUAAAUCGGCUGAUAACUUUUGUUAGAGAAAGAGUGAGUACCGUUCAAGUGCUAAUGUUGAGGCAACAAUAA